UAGACUCUUAAGUUACAAAUACAUAAUUUUCGAGGAAUAAAUAUCAAAGUAGGCUUGAAAUUCUGAGAAAUGAAUUGAGUUUGGCACAAUCAGCUAAAUAAAGUCAAAUUUUAGCUAGUAAUAACUGUUUAGCUGCUUUUCAGUACAAUUUGUUAGAGUUUGAGUACAAAAAGCACUAAAUCAGCUAAAUAAAGUUCAGUUUUGACUUUUACUAAAAUAGAUUUUAGCUAAAUCAAAACUAAUGCAAUGCAUAAAAACAAUGUAUGAAAAUCUAAACUAAACUAUGAAAAACAAAAUAAUUUGCAUUAGGCUUAAGUGCUCUGAAUUGUUUUAGAUGAGAAAAGCGCUUAAGCUCAGCGCCUGUGCACGUGGCAAGUUGCUGGGGUGGGGGGGAGGGUUACGCUUAUAUUAUAAAGUAAAUUAACUGAAUUGCACUUGGGCCAAGGCAGUCAAUUUGUUAGCUGGCGCUGCUGUUGCUGCUGCUGCUGCUGUGUGUUUUGCAUAACCAAUUGAAUCAAGACGCAUUUGGUCAUGGAGGCAGCAGCAGUCUCAGUGCUUUUAAGAUUAUAAAUAGAUGCGGCUGCGCUGCUGUGUUGGCAGUCAGAUGCGGCGAAGAUGGCGCACAAGCUGCUAAUAGUGCUAUGGGUGCUGUUGCUGCAACGCUUGGGCCACACCCAGUCGCAGCAGCAGUCGCAGCAGCAGUCGCAGCUGGUGGCAUGCAACUUUGACAGUUUAACACUGCGCGACGAUAUGCUGGAGUUCACAGGUCAGCUGGUGCUAAAGCAAUCGCAGGCGCUGCUGCUGGCCGCAAGCAAAAUCUUUGAUAUGAUCAACGAUGAGCUAAGCUACAUGGCCGUGGGCAAUCCAGCGCUGCGUAUGCGGCUCAAGCUGCUGGCGGAGCAUGUGGCAGCCAUAGAGCAGUCGCAGCUGCUGCAGCUGCAUAAGCUCAGCUCAGCAGCGGAUCUCAGCACGCUGGCGCACUUUUAUGAUCGACGCGUAGCGCUGCCAGCGAAUGCAACAGCUGCGGUCUUGCCACAGCUCGCGCGUCUUUGCAACAAUGUGCUGAAUGCGCUGAGAAGCAAAACGGUGCAGCUAUCGCUGGAGGAUGAGCUGCUGGCGAAUGCAAUGCGUGGCACUGGUUGGCCCUUUGUGCGCAAUGUAAUGCGCAUUGAGCUGGCCAAAUUCUUUGAGGAUUACUUCGCAGCACACAGUGCGGAUGCGCAUUAUCAGUGUGCACCACAAGCGCUCAGCUGUCGCGGCGAGCGUUUGUUUCUCACUUACUACAAUGAGCUGCGCACUGCGCCCACUGAUACAGACAGACUGGAGCGUGCUUUGGUGUGGAGCUUUCGAGUGCUCAAUGUUAGCUACAAAACGAAUUUCAAAUUUGUUUAAUUAAUAAAU